AUGGAGGGAAACUGUCAACGAGCUAGAGACAAGAAAGUUCCUUCUGAUGUGGAUUCUGACCCAUUUAGUGUAUCAAACUACUCGCCAAGUUCUGAUUCUGAAUCAGAUGAAAAUAAGAAGGUUUUGGAGUCAACCCCAAAUUCAUUGAGAGCUAGCCGCAACGCAAUGGAAAAACAGGGCAUCUUGACCCUCAGAGAAAACAGUGAGCAUUUUGAAGCAGAGUCCACCGCAGAUUUAUUGAGAGCUAGCCGCAACGCAAUGGAAAAACGGAACAUCUUGAACCUCAGAGAAAACAGUGAGCAUUUCGAACAAAUUCCAUACCAUUGUUUUCCCUCUCUCAGUUCCUGUGAUGAAAGAAGUCAACUUGAUAGAGUGCUCCUUUGA